UAUUAGGAAAGAAUUGUAUUCAGAACUCAAGAUGCUGAUGUUAUGAUCCAUAUUGGUGGUUGGUGAUUGGAUGGAAAUGCAAGCAAUUAUAGAUUUGUAUGUGAACAUUUAUAGAACUUGCAUGACUCUGAAUUUUUUAAAGUGCAUCAGUUAAGGACCCACACAAUAAUAUAGAGAUGCAUCAAGUUGUGUCACUCUUUACCCUCUAUAAGUACUUGACAUGUUUCUGUAUUGUAUGCCUAACAAAGCAUAGACUUCCACAAUAUUGGCUAGUAUCCUGUACCCCCCUUCCUCUCCAACCCCAUUAGAAAAAAGACUCCAUUUUCCCCCAAAACAAAGUUGUACUGUUAGAAAAUGGCUCCAGUGCCAAGUUUUCCUGUUAAAGUUGGUCAUAUUGAUGAUGUCCAAGAACUGAAAAAGAUUAAACCAUCUUCUAUUCCUGAAAGAUUUGUAAGAGACAUGAUAGAAAGACCAAAACUUGCCACAGUUACUACUCCAUCUUCCUGUAACCUUAACAUUCCUGUUGUUGAUUUGUCCAAAAUCUUGAAUAGCCAGGAUUUCCAUAAUGAAAUCAUGAAGCUUUCUACUUCCUGUGAAGAGUGGGGAUUCUUUCAGGUUAUUAACCAUGGGAUUGACUUGGACUUGCUUGAAAAGAUGGAGAAAAUAGCUAUGGAGUUCUUCAUGCUACCUUUAGAGGAGAAACAGAAAUAUCCAAUGGCUCCUGGAACAGUUCAAGGUUAUGGUCAGGCUUUUGUCUUCUCAGAAGAUCAAAAACUUGACUGGUGUAACAUGUUUGCUCUUGGUGUGGAACCCCAUUUCAUUAGGAACCCAAAACUCUGGCCAACAAAGCCACUUGAUUUCAGUGAAACAGUAGAUAUAUACUCAAGAGAGAUAAGGAAACUAUGCAAGAAUUUGUUAAAGUACAUAGCAAUGGGUCUUGGACUGAAUGAGGAUAUUUUUGAAGACAUGUUUGGAGUAGCUGUACAAGCAGUGAGGAUGAACUACUAUCCAGCAUGUCCUAGACCAGACCUUGUUUUGGGACUAAGUCCUCACUCAGAUGGAAGUGCACUGACAGUGUUGCAACAGGGUAAAUGCAGCUCAGUUGGCCUACAAAUACUUAAAGACAAUGUGUGGGUACCUGUCCAGCCAAUUCCAAAUGCACUUGUUAUCAACAUUGGUGAUACCAUUGAGGUUCUAACUAAUGGGAAAUACAAAAGUGUGGAGCACAGAGCAGUGACAAAUCAAGAAAAGGAUAGAUUAUCCAUUGUGACAUUUUAUGCACCAAGUUAUGAAAUUGAGUUGGGACCACUGCCAGAAUUGGUUGAUGAAAAAAACCCUUGCAAGUAUAAAAGGUACAAUCAUGGAGAGUACAGCAUGCACUAUGUUACAAACAAGCUUCAAGGCAAGAAAACUCUUGAGUUUGCCAAAAUCUAUAACAACUAAUCCCAUAGAGAUACCCUAUUAACUUGAGAUGUAGACUAUUGACAUAAUAAUAAUGUCUUUGUAAAUUCAGUGGGCAGUUUAUGUACUGUUAAUAUGGAAAGUUCUCUUUGUGUAACCUACUUUACUCCUACUAUAUAAUGGAAGCAAAGUGGGGUCUUAUGUUUGAAAA